UGUGUGUGCGUGUGCUCCACACGCAAGAGAGACCAUGGCAGCUGCCGACCCCGCGAUCCAGCGCCACGUGGCGGAGGCCCUGGCCGCCCUGAACGCGGUCUAUAACGGGAGCGGGCCCAGCCACAAGGAGGCGGACCGGUGGCUGCAGGAGUUCCAACGGAGCCAAGAGGCCUGGAGUGUCGCCGAUGCCAUGCUGAGGAUGGAGUCGGCAGAGCUGAACGUGACGUUUUUCGCGGCGCAGACCAUUCACGCCAAGAUACGGAGCAACUUCCGGGAGCUGCCACAGGAGAGCAUCCCCUCGUUGAGAAAUUCCUUGGUGGAUCACCUGAAGCGAUGGGGGGGAGCCGGCAAGUCGGCGGUGAUCACACGCCUCUGCUUGGCCCUGUCCGGGCUCGCGCUCCAGUUGAAUUGGCCGGACGUGCUCAAGGACCUGACGGGUAGAUUAAUGCGGGCGGGUUCGGUGGAGCAGCAGAAGCAGGCAGCCAGAGUUCUCCUCGAGUUCAUGAAGGUGUUGCCCGAAGAGGCCGUGAACCACCGCAUCGUCGUCCCCGAGGCCACGCAAGUGGCCUUCCUGCAGCAGCUGUGCGAGUCUUCGGGCUUCUUGCUGACCUCCCUCGAGCAGAUCGCCGCGGGGCCGCUCGGCACAGAGAUCAUGGUGCAGGAGACGGUGUUCCAGUGCCUGCAGAGCUGGGUGCGGCACGUCAACGUACCCGGGGACGAGAUAGUUCGCAAUCCCCUUCUGUCGGCAGCCUUCGACGCCCUGGGAAACCAAGAGCUGUUCGAGACCGCGGUCGACUUAUUGGUAGAGGUUCUGCGGAAGUACAAGGCAAACAACUUCCUUAUCGUGCAGCUCAUGGUGCCCAAGGCCAUGGCGUUAGAGGCUGCGUACGUGAAGUCGUCGGAGGAGGAAGACGCGGACGUGGCCAGGGGGCUGUGUCGUCUCUUUACGGAGAUGGGGGAGGCUUAUAUGGACGUCAUCAUGGCGCCGGACGACAGAGGGCAGCUUAAGCUGGUGCAAGUGGUGCUCAUGUGCACGUCUCACCCGGAGAGGGAGAUCGCCACGAUACCGCUUUAUUUCUGGUACCUGUUCUGCCGGACGCUGGAGUCCCUGGAGCCGGCCGAUCUCCGCACCGCCCGGUGCGCCAUGUUCGGGCCGUGCCUGGUGAGGCUGAUCGGGGUGCUGGUGGUGCUGAUGCGGUACCCUGAGGACGUCGACGAACUGGCUUCCGAUGAGAUUGAUGACCUCAAGAGACACCGGUACGAUGUCGCCGACGUGCUUCGAGACGUGUGCCGCAUCCUGGGGGGGGUUCAGUGCCUGCGCCAAGUGGUCAUCCUUCUGGACCAGGAGCUGGCGACCCUUGGUACUCUGGCGAGACCAGACGAGCCAGGGGCCUGGCAGGGGGUGGAGGCGUGCCUGUUCGCGACUAGAUCGAUCGGGAGAGACAUACCGACCAAUGAGGAGACGAUAGUGCCGCAGAUCGUGGGGAUGCUGCCGCGACUACCGGGGAAUCAUCACGUGCGAUAUACGGCCACGCUCAUCGUGGGGAAGUACUCGGAGUGGUUGAAGCUCCACCCCGAGCACCUGACGGAGAUGUUCGCCUUCCUGAUGGAAGGCUUCGCUUCCCCCGAAGUCAUGCCGGCGGCCGCCACCGCAAUUAAGAAUGUAUGCCACUCCUGUGGGCAGCUGAUGGGGGAGCAGGUGUUGGGUCUGUUGCAGGGUCACCUUAACGAGGCUAAGGCGCGGGAGGAGCACCGCAUCGACAUUAAGGACGAGCUAGAACUAUUAGAGGGUCUCUCCUACGUGAUCAGCACCCUGGCACCAGAUCCCGCGGCGGCGGCGAUCCGAAGGCUGGUGGAGCCGAUGGCGACGGGGCUGCAGCGGAACGGGGUGGCCGGCGGCGACGCGAAGCUGGCCCAGCAGGAGCUCGACAGGCUCACGGUCGUGGUCAGUCGCGCCAACCCGGUGAUGCAGGCGGGGCGAGAGCACCCAGUUGCAAUGGUGGUGCGAGAGCUGUGGCCCGUGCUCGAGGCGGUGUCGGCGAAGCACCAGUCGAGCGGCCAGGUCUUCGAGAAGCUCAGCCGCUUCUUCAAGCACGCCAUGCGCACUUGCAAGGAGCACUUCGAACCCUUGCUAACACCGCUAAUCGCGCACCUGGUGGGCACGUUCAGCGUCGUGCCUCACUCCUCGUGCCUGUACUGCGGGUCCAUCUGCGUGACGGAAUUCGGCAGGAAGGGGCCAGGGUUCACCGCGUUACUGUUCCAGAUGCUCAGCGACUUCGCGCAGGCGGUUUUCCGAUGUCUUCAGACGUUAGAUGACUUUACGGCUAAUCCGGACGUGGUAGAGGAGUUCUUCUACCUGGUGGGCCGAUUCGUGGACUACUGCCCCGACCCGCUCGUUACAAGCCCCCUGCUGUCCUCGUUGGUGCGGUGCGGAAUGGUGGGGCUGCAGCUUCACCACCGAGAGGCUCAGAGGGGGGUGCUCCACUGCCUGGAGGAGGUCGUGGGGCUCGCGAUGACAGAGGGCCCGACGGGGAAGGCUAACCCGAGGGCUCAGCAGUUCAUACCGACCGUGGAGCAGGUGCUGCGGGAGCACGGGCCAGGCCUAGUCCACGAACUGGUUAUGUGCUGCGUGGGGGAGCAGCCGUCGUACUCAGUCGACGGGGACGGGGGCUCCGUGGCGGGGUUGAUGUGGAGAAUUUCGCGGCUGUGUCCCGCCUGGCUGCAGGAGUGGUUGCAGCAGGCCCUCGGGGCACUGCCGACGAAGGUGGCGGACAACUACCAGAAGCAAGAGCUCAUGGAGAAGCUGUUCGGGCCGCAGGCGGACAAGGGGAGGGAAUCGUUCGACACCGCGGUAGCGAGGUUCACUUCCGUGUGCUUCCAGAACCAGAGGAGCUGGUCCGACCCUUAGUUGUCCGCCCACCCUCCUGCCGGGCUCCUCCCUCUUGGCAAGGCAGUUAAUACAGAGCGUCCGUUGGCUACUUGCAUGUUUGGAGGUGAUGUCCGUGGUUCGCGGUGGCUCCGGCGGCGCGAAAGGCUCUGGGAAUUGUACCAUGUCGUGUUAUUGCCUGUAUCUGGAAAGUGCGGAUUAUUUGCUUUUCGUAGAUGGUAACGGAACACGCUAUUAGUCGGGGAGGUUAUGACGGGACCCAGAGGCUUUCGGGCUAUUGGCGACUGGAGGGGGGGGCAGGAGCGAAAUUUUGGGUUGAAUGAGGUGUGCCUGAUGGAAGAAUCCUUCGUUCCAGCGUUGCGAAUAUAGGGCGAGGUUUGUACAUGAGAUGCCCUGGGCACAAAACACUCUCGGUGUCUACAAUUGACCCCCACCACACUCGGUGUAUCUUGAGUGAGGUCCGACGCUAGGUUGGUGGAGUGGAAUGGAAGCCCCUAUUCGCAGCCGUUUUGUGGACAAGCUCCUGCAACUGCUGUAGGGGUUAAUGAGAAUGUCUGGUGCGGUAUUUGCGUUGGUGUGAGGCAUGUCUCGCGUCGAAGGCGGUCGGGGUACGAUGAGAGGUAUAGUCAGGCAUAUCGCAAGCUACAACAGCAGCGAGGGUGUAGUAUAGGCAGCUGACGGGCGGCGCUGGUCUCUGGUAUCCACCGUUGCACGCGACGCCGUUCGACAAGACGCGCGAUUUCAGGGGGCCCGUGACGGUUGAACGCUGAAAACGGGGGAGGGGGGGACGGCUUCGUGGUGCAUGGCACUCGUGAACUGAAACAAUCCACGAUGGGCUUCGUCAUCUUCAACAAUCCGCGAUGGGAUUCGUCAGCUCUUGGAACCAACAAUGAACUUCCUCUGUACUCCGUGAUGUGUCUCUGUCGGCACGUGUGCGAUACAGUAGUGAUUGCAUGCUUCGUGGUCGGUCCGGUGCUCGAUUUUUUUGUGUUAGUAGUGGCGAGCGUGUGGUCGUUGUUGGUUGUUUUGGUUGCCGCGUGGCCCCAACGCGGUUGUUAUUAAGCGUUCCUGCUCUUUCAGCAUUUACCGUCUGAGCAAAGCGAAGACAAUGAACCGAAGAACUGUCGGCUUUUUUGCCUGCCGUCGUUUGUUUUUGGCCGCUUCACGCAUUCAAUGCCUUCGACGGGACGUUCGACAAGGUUGAAGCUGGUAGCGGUGAGGAUUGGUUUCAACCACGAAUUUCGCGCCCAACCCAUCAGGCUACACGCCAAUAUUGUCCCUGACUGCCCGUCAACCUCCAAGGGUUGCGCUUAUCCCCCCCCCCUCCGGUGAGUCAGAUGUUUGCCAUCGGGAUUGGGUUUUCGUCGCGUGGCAACGACGUUGUAAAACAAGCCAAUUCACUUCGUGAACUCGGCAACCAGGUUACCGUUAUUUUUUUUUUUGGCGGUAACCAUAAUGGUGGUCGAGUAGAUCAUGUUGUGCGGGGUGGAGAACCCUCGCUCCGCGCAAGGGGGAUGAUCUCACCACGUUGUGUUAAAUGGUCAGGCACCCUCGAGGCAGUUACACAGUGCUUACAACUGUCGCUGGAAGUGAAAGCACCAGAAAAUAAAUUAAGUCAUGCGCAGCUGUCAUCCGUACGCAAGGAAGUAAGCACAAGAUGCCGAACACCCUUAGCAGUAUGCAGCGCACCCUUCAUGCGACUCGCCGAAUAUCUCACGGCGCUUCGCGCUUGGUGAUGUGAGAGCCUGGUCCGGUGAGAACCCGGCGUGCUCCGUCCCGGCUUUGUAGGGAUGCGAGGUCAAUGGUCUAACGACUACGGCAUGCACGACUUUGAGUACAACCCCCCCCCCCGGUGAGUCAGAGUGGAGUUUCGAGUUUCGAAUCAAAGAUUCGGAGUGGAAUCAGGACAACAAAAGCCACGCCGACGUAUGUCACACAUGUCUACUGUACUCUGUGCCGCGGUGUUUGCCAUCGGGGUUAGUGUUUCGUCGCUUGGCAACGAUGUUGUCAAACAAAGCCAAUUCACUUCGUGAACUCGGCAACCCGGUUACUGUUUUUUUGUUACCUUCGUUCUUUUUUUUCGGCGGUAACCAUAAUGGUGGUCGAGUAGAUCAUGUUGUGCGGGGUCGGGAACCCUCACUCCGCGCAAGGGGGAUGAUCGCAUCACGUCGUGUUAAAAUGGCCAAGCACCCUCGAGGCAGUUACACAGUGCUUAGAGAUGGCACAUCAGCCGCACAUACUCCGCACAUAUGCAUACCAAACUGAGAAUAUGUUUGUAAACUGAUGGAGAUUGCAUGUCCUACAACUAAUAGGGUGCGACACACAAAACGCCCGACUACCCAACAGUACCCAACACCUUUCGUCUGCACCUUCCCAACAUAACAUAUAUGAGACACACAAGACAGCUACCAAACUGAUUUGUUGAGCCUGUUACCCACAGGGGAGAUGUCCCUAUAUAUAUGCU